AUGAAAGCCGAGGCCCUGCGGCAGAACCGGGACCCGGCGCCGCCCGCGGGAAAGGCUCCACAGAGGAACUGCGGCAGCGACCUGAUCCUGACGCCGACUCAGACGGAGGAGGGCCGGAGGCAAAAGGGACCUACCGCGGCAGAAGGCCAGCAGAGGCCCGCCGAGGUGCGCGGUGGGGACAUCCAGCCAGGAAAAGAAUUACUUUGCACUCACAUUCCUGAGCUUGAGAUCAAGCAAGAACUACCUGUAGACCCUCUUGUACUGGAAUCCCCUCAGAAAUUCUUCUUGCGUGUAAAGAAGAAAUUGCAGCAGCAAAAAGAUUCAACACCUUCAAACUCAACCAAACAGAACAUUCCUCCUUCCACAACUGCAGAAAAGCCAUUAGUCAAAUCUGCUUUUGCUGAGCAUCUCAGGAGUGAUUCUUCAGAGUACCUGGCCACUAAUAAGGAUGAUCAGGAUAAUUUCCUUAUAGAAUCAGUGGAUGCUGAUGAUGAAAUGUUUCAAAAUACCAUGAUUAGUUCUGUGAAUUUAAACUCUACCCCUUUUAAAAAUGGGGAUGAGUUAGAAGAAAGGUGUGGAAAUAGAGGAGCAAAACAAACUGAACUUCACCAAGACAGAAGAGGGCUGCAGACAAAUAAUAAGCAACCUGCUCAUGAAGUAGAAAAGAUGCUGGAGACUAACUCUCAAAAGCCAUCUCAGUGCUUAUGCAAUAUUAUGUGUUCUCCUCCCAAAGUCCGCGUUCCGCAGAAGCAAAAGCCGAAAGAAGGCUCUAAAGUCCCUUUGAAUAAACCUCACACAAACCAAGUUGCUGGCAAAGCAGACAAAGAGAAAAACAUCUGCCUAAGCAGCUGGAGAAUUAAAGUGAUGGAUGGUAACACUGCAAUAUAUGUUGAAGGAAAACGGAAAGAUAUGAAAGAUGUGGUUUGGCAUAGUAAUGCUGUUAUGGAACGUGUAGCACACAAACAAGUUAAAACAUCAACGGGCAGUAUCUACUUGCUACAGGGGAAAAUUGAUUCAGCUUUGAUGAGAAAAGAAGGAUUUCCCUACCGUUUCAUCAAAAGAUUUACAUACGGGUUUCCCCAAAAGUGGAAAGAAUACGUGGAGGAGUUUCUUGAGAAGAAAAGAAGGAAAGAACGAGAACAAAAUAGUGGUGAGAAUGAAGAUGAAGAAAGUGACUCAGUGGUAGGUGCUGAUGCGCUGAAAACCAGAAAAGACUCAACAAGAAGUGUAAAGAAACCUGAAGCCAGGAACACCACCUAUGAAGUAUUACCGAAGAACAGUGAAAACACUUAUACACCACCAAACCAGAAUUCCAUAUUGAGUGACCGAGUGUACACUCGGAGUGGCCGUCUUGUUAAACCACCACUGAGUUUCUGGUGUGGGCAACGUGAGUUUGUUGAUCAGGAACUAAAUGUUACUGUAGAAGGAGGUGGAAUCGAUUAUUUGAGCAUGAUGUUCAGUAGUGAAAAAUCCCAAAGGCAGACAAGCUCCAUCUCAAAGAAGAAAAAAAGAAAGGAACUAACAGAGACCACAGAAGAAAUACUGAAAAGACAAAGUAAAGGGAAAAACAGUGAGAAAGGGGUAAGUUCCAAAAGAGAAGCCAAGUCCACUGGGAGCAAUAAGGCCAGACACUUUGUUUCAGAUGAUGAUGCAAGUGAUUAUGCAGUCAACAGUGCAAAAACUAAAUGUCAGCUUUCUGUUAAGCUGACUUCCUUAAAUACUGAAGCACCAAACAAACAUACUAGCAGAACCCCAGGAACAUCAAAGGAAAAGAGAGAAGCAGAACAUGGAGAAUUGACUAGGUACCAGCAGGCUUAUAAGUACUCUUUAAGGUCAGCGAAACAACUUCGUCAAGAUAAGCACUUAACAGAAGAACCAUCAAGCAAAGAUGAGGAAGAGGAAUCCAGUGAAGAUAUCCCGCUGUCAAUCAAAAGGAAAACUAAGCCUUUGUUGAAACCAGAGAUUCACAACUCUAAACCUUCCUCUAACUGUAGAAGGUCACAGGAUGAUGCAAACAGGGUGUCCUGUGAGCAAAGGACAAUGAAACACACGACUGCCACCUAUAAUGUGCUGUCGAAACAAAGUGUACCCAAAUCCAAGGACAGUUCUGAUUUACUUGAAAGAGAAGCACCUUCUACUAGGUCUAGAAAUUCCUACCUGCCUGAUAAGGCAGUGAGGACAAGAAACAGAAUCAACCUGCCAAGGUUGAUUGAAUCUGACACUGAGUCUGAAAGCAGUGAAGAGGAAUUUCAUGUAAAAGAAAAGGAGUUAAAACUGUCUGAUAGAAAAACAAACUAUGAAGUUCCUAAUACUGCCAAGCCUUCAGCAGCAAAAUCAAGAGAAUCUGAGAGGGAAAAGGUACAGAAAACUCUACAGCUUUUUCCAAAGGCAGUUGAUGUUUGGUCUGAAAAGGAAUUACAGAAGCUCUACAGGGCUGUUGCAUCAUUUCCAAAGCACAGGAAUGGCUUCUGGGUGGAGGUUGCCAUGGCUGUGGGGUCUCGCUCUGCUGAAGAGUGCCAGAAGAAAUAUGCAGAGCAACAUACAACAAGUUCCAAACCAAAUGCCAGGAAGGCCACGGCUUCACGAAAAACAGAACAGAAAGGUAAGAAAGAGCCGGUUACAAUAACUGCCAAAGUGGGAACCUUGAAAAGAAAGCAGCAGAUGAGAGAUUUCCUGGAGCAAAUGCCGAAGGACAACCACGAUGAUGUUUUCACUGCGACACCCUUUCAGAAUAGAAGAGUAAAGUUGCCAACUUUCCGGGGAAGACAAGAUGAUGAUGAUGAUGAUGAUGAUGCUUUUGCACUUACGGACAACCCAAUCACACCUUCCUCAGCUGUCUUUCCUCUGGUGAAAACCCCUCAGUGUGAGCAUAUCAGCCCUGGUAUGCUGGUACCCAUCAACAGGAAUGAUUACGACAAGUACGUGUUCAGAAUGCAGAAGAACACACAGGGCAGCAGAGGCACCUGGGACAACAUCAAGAAGAAGGUGGCUGGAGGUGUGCUCGGUACGCCAGCAUCCCGCAGGACCUUCCCAUUCCAUAGAAAAGUGACACAGCCCUCUGUGAAAGGGAAGCUCUUCGUGGCAGAGGCAGCAGACUCAUCAGAUGAAGAACAGAACGAUUCCUCUUUUUCUUUUUGA